AUGACGAUUGCGCUGGCAACCAACAAGGUUUGGCGCGGAUUAGCCACUACAUUCGCACCACGUAGCAGCAGCGCCCCUGGACCCACCGGGGCUGCAAAGCCACCUCGCACCCGCUCCCGGCCUCCCGGGGGAGGGGCUUCCCGGCUGCCCCGCCGGCCUCCUCCGCCCGCUCGCGGCCGCCGCCAGGGGACGCGCUCCGACCUCCGGUACCGGCAGGCCUGGCGGCGGGGGGACCGCGCUCCGAGCGCGGACUUGAGACCGCGGCCCGGGGAGGUGGCCGGUGGGCCUGGCGGGAGUUAUGAAAAACCUCCUCCUGGGCUUAUCAAGGAAGAUGAGACUAAGCCAGAAGACUGUAUACCAGAUGUUCCAGGCAACGAACAUGCCAGGGAGUUUCUGGCUCACGCACCAACUAAAGGACUUUGGAUGCCCCUGGGGAAAGAAGUCAAAGUUAUGCAGUGUUGGCGUUGUAAACGGUAUGGUCACCGAACAGGCGACAAAGCAUGCCCUUUUUUUUAUCAAAGGCAACCAAAAGAACAGUUCAGAGUAGCACAUGAAGAUCCCAUGUAUGACAUCAUACGAGAGAAUAAAAGACAUGAAAAGGACAUAAGGUGAGGUGAUAACAAUACCCUCAUAUCAGGUUGGAAGCACCCAUUCUGGUAGUAGAUGAGUGGUUUGGCAAAUACGGUACUUUCAUUUCGUUGUGAACUAUGUGGAAGGCAGGAGUGAUCACUGGAAAGGCCAGUGUGUGGGGAAUGAGCAGGCCAGCCUUGUUCCGUCUGGGUUAGUGUAAAGCAGUGCCUUGGCCCAGCCUGCUCGCACCACUGGUAGUUGAUGUUGGCAACCAUAGUUUAGUUUAUCUUCUCCAGUGUCUUGAAGCAUCUGAACUAUUGUCAGAAAUUAUCCUUAGACAUGAACAAAGACAGGGUGAAGAAAUGGGAGUUUGUUUUUCUCCGACUGGUGACAC